AUGGGAAGCAGUUCGAUUCUGGGUGAUCAAAGAAUUCUGCAAGAACCUGAAUAUUCGCCACAAUUUCUCAUCUCCUUAUUAUGCUCAGAGCAACGGGCGGAAUCAACCAAUCACGUUAUUAUGGACGAUCUCAAGAAAAUGCUGGAGAAAGCGAAGGGAAAAUGGACAGAAGAAUUCCCUGGAGUAUUAUUGUACUAUCGAACGACCCCAAAAAAAUCCACUGGAUUUUCACCAUUUACUCUGGCUUAUGGGACAGAGGCAUUUAUAGCCACCGAGGUACAUCUCAAGACUACCAAAACUCGUGUUUUCAAAUAUGGGAAAAACGAAAGCAUACUGGCUUUUGAUAAAGAGUUGCUAGAAGAACAAAGAGAAACAUCUUUACAGCAGUUGGUCCGAUACCAGCAGGAAAUCAAGCUGAGUUAUGAUCGUAAAGUCAGAGAACGGUCAUUCAAACCAGGGGAAUAUGUCUUGAAGAAAACCCGAGAAGCCACAAUGGAACCAAACUGUGGGAAUCUCGGAGCAAACUGGGAAGGUCCAUACAUAGUGGACAGGCCAGCGUCUCGUGGCUCUUACUACCUAAGGAACCUCGAUGGUACUCAAGAUUCAAAACCACGGAAGCCAUGA